AUGAAACUUGAAGAUUUAGCUAAUGAAAUCUUACUUGAUUUAUUUGAAUUAUUGGAUGAUAUUCAACUUCUUCAUGCUUUUAAUGGUCUCAAUUCUAGUUUUCAAGCAUAUCAUCUUGAUUUUCGAUCUAUAUCAAAACAUAAUUUCAGUAUUGUUUGUCAACAAUAUCUUCCAACUAUUAUCGAUCAAGUCAUUGCACUUCAUCUAUCCAAUAACAAUGAAACACCAAAUCUACUUCAGCUUUUUCUUUCCUAUGGUUUUACUCUGAAUCGAUUUAAUCAUUUGCAAAUGCUUUCGUUGUAUCAUAUGGAUUUUCUUAGUUUAUUAAAUGAAAUAUUACUUCAAUGUCGUCACCUUUCAUAUUUCACACAUCUAAAUUUAAUCAACUGUAAUUUUGACCAAAAAGAAACAGAAAUUCUCUAUUUAAUUAAUAAUAUUUGGAGUUUAUCAACACUUACUCCUUGCAACUUAGAUAAUAUUUUUGUUAGUAAACUGUUAUUUGCUAGUUUCUUUAGCAAUGCAGAUAUUUUUGAAGCAUAA